GAACCUGCAGUGGAGAACCGGACUCGCCAGCGGCGCGCAUGGUGAGGUCUCCGACCUCGUCAGCGAUGAAGUCUCCGCGCCACCUGUGGACUUCUUCUCUCCGGUGCAGCAUACCACCUCCCGCAAACGCCUCGACUCGUCGCAGAUGUCGCGCUGCGCCUCUUGGCCCACCUUCGACGCGCGCUCCCCGAGGAAGAUUUGGAUGCUGAGUCCCGAGAUGGAGUCAGAUCUCAAGGCCAAGGAUCCUCGUCUUUGGCAGCGGCUGCAAACGCAGCUGGGACUGGCCGUGCAGGCAGUGACCCUUCUGCUGGUCGUCGGCACCUACGCAGCGUGCCCACUUACCGUGUCCUGGGCGAAGAUUGUGGGUCACAGCGCCGACGGUGUGGCAAUCAAAGGACGUCCCUUCAAGGAGGGCUCAGUCAUCGUGGCUUCUUGGCUGCUCAUCGCGACAGUGGGCCUACUGCUGAGUGCCGCUACAGGGGGUCGGCACCAUGUGAGGCGCUGUUUCGACUUGCGCUCGAUCUUGACGUUCGCUCCUGCGGGCAUUGGUUGGGCCAUGGCGGAUGCUUGCGAGGUCAUGGCCGUAGCACGAAUGGAUCCUGCAACGUACGGAGUGCUGAGCCAGGGCCGCCUCCUCUCGAGCGCCGCUGCAGCCUGGGUUUUUUGUGGGCUGCGGCAGAGCGGCCUCCAGUGGGGUAUUCUUGCCUGCCUCUCCUGCAUCUGCAUGGCCUACUGCAUGACACCGGAUGAGUCGCGGCCAAACGCGGAGCGGCUCUUCGAGUGGCGGCUGCAUCAUGAGAGCCUCCAGAUCACGUUAAAGCGCCACUCUCCCUUGCCGGAAGAUGAGACGCAGGAGCAGCUUGCCGGGGUGCUCUUUGCAAUGUGCAAGGUAACCCUCUCCGUGCUUAGCUCAGUUUACGUGGAGAUGUGCUUCAAGUCUGGUGCUGGCGAGCCCACGCGACUCCACGUUCAGAUGACGCAGGUGUCCUUCAGCAGCAUCAUCGCAGCUACAACCGCAUAUUUGUUCAUAUGCGGGGUGCAGAACGAGGAUCCAACACAAUUUUUUAGUGGGCAGGACGGCUCGUGGUCCAGAAAAACUAUGAUCGUGGCCGCGAUGUACUGUUGGCGGGAGUGGAUCUGCAGCUUGUGUGUCAAGCACUUCGAUUCGUUGGUCAAGAACAUCUGCAAUGCGGCUUCCUUGGUUGUGACCUAUGGCUUUACGGUGCUGGUGGCCCGGGAGAAAGAUUUCUCGGUCUUGAAGGCAUUCCUGUUGGUCGCCAUCGUCAUGGAGGUCAUCAACUACUGCUACACGCGGCGGGUCGUGAAGCAGCCCAAGGAGGAGAUUCCAGUGGCCGAGUACUCGAAUUUGUAUUUGACAGGGCCUGCCGCUAAAGUCGAGCUGGCAUACUCGUAG